AUAUUUUGAAUGACAUUUCAUUUAUUUAAUUAACGAGCUACCUGUUCGUGUGUUUGUUUGUUUAGCUAGGCAGCUAACGGUGCCAUUACUUUUAUUUAGCUAUAUUGCUAGCUAACUUUAGCUAGCACGAGCUAGUAACUUAGGCGACAAAUGUUCUUCGCGGCAGGCCCUUCCCACCUUAGAGCGCGAGCUACAGUAGCCAACACAAACUGCAGUUCAGUGCGAUUUCGGCUUUUCCCGUUAUCUUAACAUUAGGUCUUCAUUACAAUAUGCAUGGGUAUCUAAUUAGAAACUGCUAUGAACCCAUGUGCAACGAGUGACAAAUGUACUAUAUUCUGCGACAAGCUAGAACCCUAGCGUGUUGUUUGCUCGCAAGUGUUAGCUAGCACUUUCUGUCAGGAGACCGAGACUGCUCAUUUCGAUAAUGCUGUAUACCGUUGCUCUUUUUACUUGCUUGCUAAUGAAUUGUAACGUGUAACAUUUUCGUAUUUUUUAUUUGGUAUUUUUUACGUGAGCUACAAAUGGUGUCGCAUGUUUUGGUUGCUAGCUAACGUUAGAUAGUUAGCAAAAGAUGAUGCUUUGACUGCAGAAAAUGUAGCUUAGCUACUUGCGCUAAUUGCGUCUGUCAAAAACAUCUGUGAGGCACCCACGUGCUCCUGUGUUGUCAAGACACCGAUUCCUGGAUAUUAAUUAAUUCAGCGCUAACGUCCCGUGUAAUGCACCUGUAACAUCAAGGCACGUAUGACUGCAACGCAAGAGUGUCAGUUAAAUGUCAAAAUUUAAAUGCACCUGUGCAAGACAACUAGUUCGCAGCUACAAGACAAGACGCCGUAACCAUGCCGGGGAAACUGAAGGCCAAGAUUGUGGCUGGGCGUCAUUUGCCCGUUAUGGACAGAGCAAGUGACCUGACAGACGCGUUCGUUGAGGUAAAAUUUGGAACCACAACCUUUAAAACCGACGUGUACCCAAAAUCCCUUAACCCACAGUGGAACUCGGAGUGGUUCAAAUUUGAGGUGGAUGAUGAAGACUUGCAAGACGAGCCGUUGCAGAUUACAGUGCUGGACCACGAUACGUACAGUGCUAAUGAUGCCAUAGGCAAGGUCUACAUAGACAUAGACCCUCUGCUAUCGAACGAAGCUGCUACAGUCAUCUCUGGGUGGUUCCCCAUUUAUGACACUAUACACGGUAUCCGUGGGGAGAUUAAUGUUCUUGUGAAGGUGGAUCUCUUCAACGACCUGAACCGCUUCCGCCAAUCGUCCUGCGGAGUCAAAUUCCUCUGCACCACGUCCGUCCCCAGGUGCUACCGGGCGGCCACGGUGCACGGCUUCGUGGAGGAGCUGGUGGUGAACGAGGACCCGGAGUACCAGUGGAUCGACCGCAUCCGCACCCCCAGGGCCUCCAACGAGGCCCGGCAGAGGCUCAUCUCUCUCAUGUCCGGCGAGCUCCAGCGGAAGAUCGGCCUGAAGGUGCUGGAGAUGGGGGGCAACGCGGUGGUGGGCUACCUGCAGUGCUUCGACCUGGAGGGCGAGUCGGGCCUGGUGGUGCGCGCCAUCGGGACGGCCUGCACCCUGGAUAAGCUGAGUAACCCCUCCACGGCCGUCCCGCCCGCAUGCAAUUCCCCGUCCAAAGACAUCAAAGAGCUUCCCUUCAGCGAAGACCCCAACCCUAAUACUCACUCAUCUGGACCCUCCACCCCAAUGAAAACCCAAACUUAUUCCUUUUCACCCUCCAAGUCCUACAGCCGACAGUCUUCCUCCUCUGACACAGAUUUGAGUUUGACACCUAAAACUGCAGCCAGGCCCCCCAAGGGGCCCAGGAUUUUCCUGUGUCCCAGCUCCCCCGUCCUGCCCACCGACUUCCCGCCCAUUUACUCAAACGCUUUGCGCCUGCUCCCCGGGUCAGAUCCGGGCCGGGGGCUGCACCCUGUCCCGUUCUCCAGCCGCCAAAGCCCCGCUGGGCUCAGAAAGAGUGUCUCUUUCAGUGAGGACCUGCUACAGGCGGCCUCUGGAAUGGGCAGUGGAGGCAGUGCGGGGAAGGAAGGCGGGCCUCUGAAGACCCUGCUGAGACAGCAGACCCAAUCAGCACUGGAGCAGAGGGAGUUCCCCUUCUUCACCCUCACCUCCUUUCCGCCCGGCUUCCUGAUCCACGUCGGGGGUGUGGUCAGCGCCCGGUCGGUCAAACUCCUGGACCGCAUCCACAACCCCGCCGUGGGUAACACCAGAUCAUACAAACUGCUAGACUGGAAUAGUGUCACUGCAGACGAGCCGGAGACGCGGGACGCCUGGUGGGAAGAGAUCCGACAGGAGAUCAAAUCUCACGCCCGGGCGCUGGGCUGCCACGCUGUGGUGGGAUACAGCGAGUCCACCAGCAUCUGCGAGGAGGUGUGCAUCCUGUCGGCCUCGGGCACGGCGGCAGUCCUCAACCCCAAGCUCAUGCAGGAGGGCUGCCUGGACGGCUACAGUGACCCCAGCAGGUUGUCACGGCAACCGGCCGCCUUUUCCGCAGGGUCAGAGAAGGGCGAGUUUGAUAUUUUCCCUCAGAGCAAGGAUAGUUCUGCCCCGCUAGGGCUGGAGGAUCCGUCGCCCCCUGGCUGCGGGUUCUGUCACAUCCCCUACGACGAGCUGAACAUGCCCUUCCCUGCGCAGCUCACCUUCUGCUAUAACUGCCGGAGACAGAAGGUGCCGGACGUGCUCUUCACCACCAUAGACGUGCCCACGGAGGCAGCCGUGACCGGCAAGGGCUGCCUCAUCCAGGCCAGGCUGUGUCGGCUGAAGAAGAAGGCCCAGGGCGAGGUGAACGCCACGGCCAUCAGCAACCUGCUGCCCUUCAUGGAGUACGAGCUGCACACGCAGCUGAUGAACAAGCUCAAGCUGCGCGGCAUGAACGCGCUCUUCGGCCUGCGCAUCCAGAUCAGCGUCGGGGAGAACAUGCUGGUGGGGCUGGCGUCUGCUACAGGGGUGUACCUGUCGGCCCUGCCCACCCCGGGGGGGAUCCAGAUCGCCGGGAAGACCCCCAGCGACAUCACCUGCGAGCAGCACGUCUCCAACAUGCAGAAGAAGAUCAACGACACCAUCGCCAAAAACAAGGAGCUCUACGAGAUCAACCCGCCCAAAUUGUUUGUGCUGGAUCCAGAGGCUUUCAGAGGCAUUGACACGGAGGUGGUGGAGGAGGUGAUCGGGUCGCCCAUCCCGGAACCCCGGCAGCGCACCCGGCUCUUCCGGUCGCACUCGGAGAGCUCGGACGAGACGUCGGAGCUGGACCUGUCCCACGGGAAGAAGGACGCCUUCGUGCUGGAGAUUGAUGACACGGACGCUGUGGAGGACAUCCAGUCCCUCCUCACAGAUGCGGGCUCUCCAGCAGGCUUUUACAGCUGCAAUACGGAGACCAUGCCUGGGAUUUACAACUGGACGUCAGGUUUACAGAUGUUUACUUCAGUGAGGGUGUUCAGGCUGAGCAAUGCCAACCUGACCAAUCAGGUACUCAACAAGAUCUUCAGCGAGCUGUGUGAGAACCUGCUCAAGAGUCUGUACUUUAAGCUGCGCUCCAUGAUCCCGUGCUGCCUCUGCCAUCUGAACUUCACGGUGGCCGUGCCGGAGGACGAGCUCAUUCAGGUGGCCGUCACUGCCGUUGCCAUGACGAUUGACAAAGACCAGACCCAAGAAAACUGGAAACUGGGUGCCGACAAAACCCACAUGAGAGCAAUAGCGGAGAACGAGGAGCAGCUCCAGUUCCCCAUGGAGCUCUGCACAGACAGUCCGUCCUCGAACCCUUUCUCCCCCAGCAGAGGGCUCCCCGAGGGUGCCACCCCCAGAGCUGCAUCGGUUGAUUACAGUUCCUUUGCAGACAGAUGGAGCUCCUGGAUAGAACUCAUUAGGCUGAAAGCUCAGACCAUAAGGAGGGGAUCAGUUAAGACAAGUAGGAGGACUCUGUCUCUAGCGCGCUCCGCCUCGUCGCUGGAUAAGGCCAGCCCCCUCCCCGAGGGCAGGUCGCGGUCGCUGCGGUCCACCCGCUCGUACGCCGGCAGCACGGUCGCCGUGGUGAAGAUGACGCCGCUCUCCUUCAUCCCCGGCACCAGGAUCACCAAGUACCUGGGGAUCAUCAACAUGUUCUUCAUCCGGGAGACCACGUCCCUGCGGGAGGAGGGCGGUGUGAGCGGCUUCCUGCACGCCUUCAUUGCGGAGGUGUUCGCCAUGGUGCGCGCCCACGUGGCCGCGCUGGGGGGGAACGCGGUGGUGUCCUACAGCAUGAAGGAGUGCGUCUUCAUGGAGAACCCCAACAAGAACCAGGCUCAGUGCCUUAUCAACGUCAGCGGCGACGCCGUCAUCUUCGUGCGCGAGUCGGAGUCGGAGCCGGCCCCGCCCGCGCCGCCCCAGCCGUCCAGCAGCCAGACCCCGUGCGGUGGGAACGAGGCUGCCACGUAAAAAAAAAAAAGGCGGGGGGGGGGGGCGGAGCUAACGCUGCACGCUAACGUCGACCAAAACACCUCUGCAGCUGUGACCGCCUUAAAAUCCACAGGGACUCCUCAGCUCCUCGACCCCACCAGCCUGCACACGGCCACUGAGAGAGACGCCUGCCCCUCACACACUCCAGCCUCUCUCACCUGCAGGGACAGGGAGGAUUCACCACCAGGUGACCGACCUACUCUAGGCUCGUUACACUGGGCUCAGUAGUUAAGGGGUUUGUUCCCGCUUUUGGGCUCUCGUUGGUUAUUGGUUUGGUCCUUCCGGUGAGCUGGCCUGUCGUUUCAGAGCGCUCUCUUGCAACACGCAGACAGUUGAAAGUAAAAAUUGCCAUGUCCGUAGGUAAUACUGUAGACAUUCCAUAAAGGUGAGAGUGGAGGCAGCUGGGAUUUAAAUGCUAAAUCAAAGACGUCCACUGUGUAUGAGUUUUUUUUUUUUUGUAAAUUUAUGUAUAGUACGCCUGUUUUUUCCCUUGCUUUGCAAACCGCAAACCAAAUCUUCUUGCCUUUGGUGGAUGGGGAGAGUUGAAUUGAGAACGAUUGCCAAUGAUUUCAAAUGAAUUUGUCGUACGAUAAAAUUAAAUGUAUAUAACCGAAAGGGGACAAGAUACUUCGGCGUCUUCGUCACAACCGCAACAUUAGCAAUGCCACAUUUUAUUUCCUUUCAUCCGUUUAGCCUCCUGUUACACGCCUGCUUGCAUUUUACUGGCUUCAGUAAGGUGUAAAGGAAGUUCACCCUUUCACAUCCAGUUAUAACUGUGGGCCAUUUCUUACAUUGUGUGCUGGUCACCACCACUGAGAUCUCACAAACCUACUACUGAACUUUUUUUAAGUGAUGUCCAAAAAUGCUGGAAAAAAUCAGCAGUUGAGUUUUUUUUUCUUUGUUUUUUUUUGUGUAGGUGCCACAGCAAAACAUUUUAUUUGUUUAAAUGUUGUACUAAAAUCUAAAAUUGGUAUUUUUGUAAUAUUAAAUUGAUGGAUUAGUAAACUGUGCAAUGCAUGUGCGAUUAAAUCCUAGGGGGGUUUGAAUUUGUACUGUGUGAUUUGGGGGGGUAUCGUCACGUAGUGAAUCUACUGGUCAAAUGGCGACAAUGCAGGUCCGACCUGUGCAAGACUUGAAUGUACAUACAGAUAAUGUUGCUUUGUUUGAAUUUGCAGCAUGCAGAUCUUUACCCUCUAUAUGAUUAUCUGCUUAUAGGCCUGAAGAUUACCCUGUCUUGCACAAUAAAGCUCUGUGUCCGUGGCUGUG